AUGUCGCACAGGGUCAAGGAUAUUAAUUAUGUUGAGUCUCAACUGGAUGAAAAGCGCCACCGCAAACACCGGUCCAGACUCACACCCGACAACGUGCUGAUGACGAUCUUUAUGGUGUUGCUACUGACUUUGGUGGUGGUGGUGGUUCGCCAGAAAAACUAUUUCCAGAAUUUGGACUCGGUGGCGGUUACGUCUGAGAAUUUGGUGCAGCCGGACGAUACUUUGUUCACCAAACCUAACCCAAACCCACUCUCAUCAGACCCCGAUGAGAGACUAGCCGCCGAUGUUCAGCGGGUGCACGAAGUUCAGGCCGAGGACGAGACUUCUCUGACCUCUAAGAACUCCGAAUUUGAUGCCGCGAAAGAAUUUAAAGCGAUUGUUGCCCUCAGCCCCGUGAUAAUGUUCACGUGGGACGAUCCAGCAACCAUGGCACCCACUUCUCUCGAGCAAACCGAGUCUACUGAGCCGGAUUCGGCUCUGUCGUUGCGCUUCAAGUCGAUAGUAUCGUCAUACUCGAUUGUUCCACCUCCAACGCAGGUCUCGCUCUCAAGACACCCUCACGCGCGCGAGCUGGGUGAAUACAUCAACUCGGUCGGCAACGGACUGGGUCUGAAACAUGUUCUACCGGGUCUCGUGAUUGCAGGAAGGCCGUGCGCUGGUGCUGUUGCUGUUGAGAGACUUCACACGAGCGGAAAGCUCUUUGACUACAUCAAAUCGUGGGGAUCAGGAGUGGUGACGAUCGAGAGGUGA